AUGGAGAGGUUCAACAAUGCGUGCUUAGAGAUUCAAGACCUGCCCACGGAAGCAGUGAUUAUGGGCCUAGUAAAUGGACUCCGAGAAGGUCUCUUCUCCCAGUCCAUCUCAAAAAGGCACCCGACUUCUUUGAGAGAUGUACAGGAGAGAGCCGAGAAGUACAUCAACAUGGAAGAAAAUGCCAGGCUGAGAGAGCCAAGUUGGGAAAUUUGUCACACCGAAAUACUACCUUUCCCUAGGCCCAUCAAAAACAAAAAGGAGAGAAGUCGUAGCGACUACUGUGAGUACCAUAAGCUAUAUGGUCUCUCAACAAAUGAUUGUUAUGACAUAAAGAAUGUGAUAGAAAAGCUAGUCAGAGAAGGUUGGCUUGACAGAUUUCUCAUGGAAAGGUCGGACCAUCAUGGCAAGAGAAAGCGAGAUGACGAAGACCGAAGAGACCCGCCACCACAGAAUCCGGAAAGACAUAUACACAUGAUCUCAGGAGGGUUUGUUGGAGGUGGUCUCACAAAGUCAUCUCACAAAAGGCACCUGAAGGAAGUCUAUCAGGUCGGUGGCGAAGCUCCCGACCUCCCAGCCAUCUCUUUCACUAAAGAAGAUGGGCAAGGCAUUAUUCCUGGACAUGACGAUCCAGUGGUAAUAACCAUGAUCCUUGCCAAUGUCCAUCUACACAGAACUCUAGUGGAUCAAGGGAGCUCGGCCGAUAUCCUGUUCAAGCCGGCGUUUGAUAAGCUGGGACUGGAUGAAAAGGAGUUAAGAGCUUACCCCGAUACCCUAUAUGGGGUGGGGGAUACACCAAUAAAGCAACUAGGAUUCAUACCCCUACACACAACUUAUGGAAAAGGGGCAAAGUCCAAAACUCUAAGCAUCGAUUUCAUAGUCGUUGAUGUGGUUUCAGCCUACAAUGCUCUAAUUGGCAGAACAACCCUAAAUCGGCUCAAAGUAGUGGUGUCCACCCCCACCUUUGCAUGA